GGAGCUGCACGGUGACCUGGAGGCUGUGGGCCCUGUGCACACACUGCCCAGUACCUGUCUCCAGAAGGUGGAGGAACAGCCAGAGGAUGCAGAUAAUCAGCGGAACGUCACUCGUAUGGGCAGCCAGCCCUCAGAUCCUGGCACCGCUGUGCACAUCCCAGUGACGCUAACGGGCCCUCCUGGGGAGGCCACGGUGGUUCCCAGUGGCAACGUGGACCUGGAAAGCCAAGCAGAGGGCAAGAAGGAGGUGGAGGCCGAGGAUGUGAUGAGGAGCGGCCCGCGGCCCAUCGUGCCGUACAGCUCCAUGUUCUGUCUAAGCCCCACCAACCUGCUCCGCCGCGGCUGCCACUACAUUGUGACCAUGCGGUAUUUCGAGAUGGUCAUCCUCGUGGUCAUCGCCCUGAGCAGCAUUGCCCUGGCAGCCGAGGACCCUGUGCGCACUGACUCGCCCAGGAACAACGCGCUGAAGUACCUGGAUUACAUCUUCACGGGUGUCUUCACCUUUGAGAUGGUGAUUAAGAUGAUCGACUUGGGGCUGCUGCUUCACCCUGGGGCCUACUUCCGGGACCUGUGGAACAUUCUGGACUUCAUUGUGGUCAGUGGGGCCCUGGUGGCGUUUGCCUUCUCGAGCUUCAUGGGAGGAUCCAAAGGGAAAGACAUCAGCACCAUCAAGUCCCUGAGAGUCCUGCGUGUCCUUCGGCCCCUCAAGACGAUCAAGCGGCUGCCCAAGCUCAAGGUUGGAGUCUGGAGUGGGGGCUUGGAGGACGCGCUGUGGAUGUGUGUGCACGCGUGUGUGUGCACACGCUUGCAAUACACGAGUGUGCGCGAGUCUUCUCAGACCGUGUACCCGUGUGAGGAGGACCGGCCACUCCGCUCUAAGCCCCCCCCCGAGUAG